AAAGAGUUUUUCAAUGCACUUUCAUCCAGACAAACGAAGCAAUAUGAAGUGGGUGCUCUGUUUGGUGGCGAUCGGUGCGAUUGGAUUGCUCGGGGAGGCACGCGAUAUUCGACAGGACAUUCCCGUUGAAGUACCGGAAAUAGGAAACUAUGCUACCGCCUGUUCUGUUCGCACAACGGGCGAUAUGCCUCGUCCGCAACCACUGGUCCUGAUCCCCGGCACCGAUCAGUUCCGCUAUCCCAGCACGGGCAAUGGGCUGCUUCAACUCAAUGCCGGUGAAACUUUGGAGCUUGCCUGUCAGGAUGGGUUCGCUCUUUUCCCAGGCAAAUCCUCCAUCACCAUCACGUGCGUGAUCAAUGAUCAGUUUAACUACGACAGCCAGAUGAUCGCGUUCCGUGACUUUGCCUGUACGGAGAACUGGCUCAGCAGUGCACGUCGUACCGCUCAGCGAUGCUUUAACGGUGCUACGAUCGUGGAGAUCGGGUUUAAUGUAGGUUCUCGGUUCCCGAAAAUCCUGGACGUGUGUCACGACGAGGUAACGUUCGACAAUCACUAUCUGGUGCACGAGUUCACACCGGCUAAUGCCGGAUUCCAGCAGGGCGUACCACGUCCAGGCUGGUAUCAGGGUGAUUUCUAUCCCGGUAUCAACAUUAACGGACUCUACACAGUCAACACACAAAGAGCGACCCUGGCCACCAUCCUGAACUCACAGGCACGAGCGGACCAACUCGUGCAGGGAACAGACAACGGUAUCUUCAUGGCUCGCGGUCAUAUUGCGGCUCGGGCAGACUUUGUUUACGGAACUCAGCAGAACGCUACCUUCUGGUUCCUGAACGCUGCUCCCCAGUGGCAGAACUUUAACGCUGGUAACUGGGAACGUAUCGAGUCGUCCGUCAAGACAUUCGUUGCAUCCCGCAAUAUCCGCGUCCGAGUGUAUGGAGGAACGUGGGGCGUCCAAACGCAAGCUAACGGCAAUGGUGAUCAUCGGCAGAUCUUCCUGGACUUUAAUGCAAAUGGCCGUCAGCGGGUACGUGCACCGAUGGUGUACUACAAGAUCCUGCACAACGAAGCCAACAACUCGGGCAUCGUGCUGAUCGGUGUGAAUAACGUUCACAUCUCGCUGGAGGAAAUCCGCCGGGACUACAUCUUCUGCACGGACGUAAGCAGUCGCAUUGGAUGGAUUAACUGGGAUCGUGAAAACAUUGCGCUCGGAUAUUCGUACGCAUGCGAGGUGAACGAGUUCAACCGUGUGACUGGUCAUCUGCCACAGCUGAACGUAGCGAGCCUUCUCAUAUAA